GGACAAACCAACGCCGAUCGUCACAUAACUCCGCCGCGUUCCUUGGCUGAGCAAUAAUAAUAGCAAAAAUGAUUAAAAGGCUGCUGUAAUAAUAAAAAAAACGACCAGGAACAGAAAUGUUUACACUGGAAAAUAACACAGUUUUACAUUCUGAACAGGUGGUUCUCGUGUGUAGUCGUAACUUUUCCUACAGUCCCUGAAAGUAGCAGCUGUUCACGUCGCCAAGGGGCCGAUGGGAAACCCGUUGAAUGUUUCGUUCGUUUCCUCGUCGCCGUUUCGCCGUGUUCUUUUAAAACACUGUCUCCGUGAAGUACCCCUACGGAACAAAACACUUUAUCGGAUUUUUCUGUCGAAGAAAGACCAGGUUUUACUGGCGGCCUUCACUGUCAUGGCGGGGGAGAGUCUUCUGCAGACAGAGACAAAGCCAAAUCUCUAGAGAGGAUCCUGGUUAGACUGCAGCCACCAUGAGGUGACGACUGUGACGUCUUGUCCUUUUGCUGACUUGAACACAUGGCACGGAUCACUUUGUCCUGCCUGCCAGCCUCCUGGUACUGCAGCGUGUCCCUGUUGUCUCUGGGCUGUGCCCCCAGGCAGAGGCUGCUGCUGCUGCUACUGUUCAUCACCUCAGCGCUGCUCCUGGGAGUCUACCAGAGGCAGCUUUGGGGCACCCAAAGGCGAUCUGGAUCCCGAGUCAACAAAUACCUCUCUAUUGCUGAGUCCAUGGAAACUACUGACAUACACAACCCUGCUCUAAAUUAUGGGAUCGUGGUGGACUGUGGCAGCAGCGGCUCCAGGGUCUUCGUGUACUACUGGCCCCCCCACAACGGGAACCCCCACACCCUGCUGGACAUACGACAGAUGAGAGAUCAUGACCGCAAACCUGUCGUCAAAAAAAUCAAACCUGGCAUCUCCACCCUGGCAAACACACCAACACAGGCCAGUGACUACCUCCAUCCUCUGCUCAGCUUUGCUGCUGCUCAUGUCCCAAAGACCAAACACAAAGAGACACCGCUCUACAUCCUCUGCACUGCUGGCAUGCGGCUGUUGCCCGACAGUCAACAGGCAGCCAUCUUGGAGGACCUGGUCACUGAUGUUCCCCUGGAGUUUGAUUUCCUGUUUUCCCGUUCACAUGCUGAGGUCAUCUCUGGGAAACAGGAAGGAGUGUAUGCAUGGAUUGGCAUUAACUUUGUUUUGGGCCGCUUUGAUCAUGCUGAUGAGGAGGACGCCACAGUAGAGGUGACAACAGGGGCUCAAAACCAGCAGCCAAUCAGUCGGCGUCGCACGGUGGGCAUCAUGGAUAUGGGUGGAGCUUCACUUCAGAUCGCCUAUGAGGUUCCCAGUGCCAUCACCUUCAGCUCACCUCAAGAAGAGGAAGCAGGGAAGAGUGUUCUUGCAGACUUUAAUCUAGGCUGCGAUGUUGAGCACACACAACACGUGUACCGAGUCUACGUCACCACGUUUCUUGGCUUUGGAGGAAACAUGGCCAGGCAGCGCUACGAGGACCAGCUAGUGAACAACACACUCGCCAAGAACAGGUUACUAACCACACAGACAGGUAUGAGUGAGGACAAACCCUACCUGGACCCCUGUCUGCCGGUUGGCCUGUCGGACACGGUCACCCGAGACAACCGCACGUUGUUUCUGAGGGGCCAGGGUGACUGGACUCGAUGUCAGGAGGCUGUGCGACCUUUCCUGGGCCUCCACAAUGGAACCAUGUCACCAGGGGGCGUCUACCAGGCUCCCAUCAACUUCAGCAACAGUGAGUUCUACGGCUUCUCUGAGUUUUUUUACUGUAUGGAGGACGUGCUGAGGAUGGGAGGACAGUACAACAGUGAGAGAUACUCCCAAGCUGCUACGGACUACUGCUCCACCAAGUGGUCGACACUGAAACAACGCCUGGACAACCAGCUUUUCUCUCAGCAGGCCGACAUCAGCAGACUAAAAUAUCAGUGCUUCAAGUCAGCCUGGAUGUUUGAAGUGUUGCACUCUGGUUUCCGUUUCCCCUCCGACUACCCGAGCCUGAAAACUGCCCAGCUGGUUUAUGACAAAGAGGUUCAGUGGACUCUGGGGGCGAUCCUGUUCAAAACCCGCUUCCUACCUCUCAGGGACCUGCAGCAGGAAACGCUGCGGCAGAACCACCCCAGCUGGCUGCGUUCUUCUUUUGUCUACAACCACCACCUGUUCUCACUCUGCAUCCUGGUGGUGGUCCUGGCCAUCCUGCUCUACAUCCUACGCCUGCGGAGGAUCCACCAGCGGGAGCAGCGGCAGGCCGAGGCCCUGAACCUCCUCUGGGCUGAAGAGGGAGAGGCUCUCCUCCCCUGAGAUGUGAUGUGAGGCUACAGACUGACACUUUAUAGAGUCUGGAGGACAGACAUGGAAAUUACUCAUCAGAACAGCUUGUGACUUUGGUCAGUAAUAAUGUAAGAACUGACCCAGGAUUUGAUUCCGUGGAAAAACAUCACGGCACAGGGACAGUUUAAUGAGCCUGGACGUAUCACUCGCCUGUAUAUUCCUUGAUUGUGCAGCUUUAAACACAGAGCCCACCUCAGACCGGAAAGUUCUCUGGGUUCACUUCUUCUUUUCAAAACAACUUUGGAUGAAAAGAAUCACCCUGCAUUACUGGAUCAAACUAAAAUUUAUUUACCACCCAUUUCAUUUAGGAUCUAGUUUCUUAGUUCAAGGCAGUCUGGACAGUUAACCAGGAUUUAACAUCUUCUCCGCUGAGCAAGGAGGCACCCGUGGAGAGGAAAUACAGCAAUGUGAGCUCACUGAGGACUUAAUUCAAGAGAUGUCACUUAAAAGGACAGAUCAAAAGCAACUCAUUCAUUUACAGCCCUGAUAGGAUUUAUAUUUUUCUCAUAGUUAAACAAAAGUUAAAACAGCCCAAAUUUUGGUCCAUGACCGGAAACCUCUGAAAGGCUAACAUAGCUUUCCUAGAAUGAUAUAGUUUUUAUUUUAUGGUCAAACGACCAAAAUCAGACAAAAAAAAGACAAAAAAAACAAGACAAAAUAUUACAAAAAUGAGACACAAAAUGGAAAAAAAUGAGACAAACGUCAUGAAACAAAACAAAAAAAGAGACCAAAAAUUAGACAAGAAAGUUACAAAGCGACAAAAAAUGGAUAGACAACAAAAAUGGGACAAAAAAUGACAAAAGCGAGAAAAAGACAAAAAAAUAGACAAACAGCACGUGAGCCAAAAUAAACCAAAAACGACAAAAACGAUACCCAAAACAACAAAUACAGCAAAACACAAAGUGACAAAAAUAAGACAAAAAACACAAGCGAAACAAUAAGGAAACACAAAACAACAAAAAUGAGAAACAAAGCAACAAAAAUGACACAAAACAAAAAAUGACAAAAGAACAAUGAGCAAUCUAGUAUUUUACUUUAUGAUCAAAACAACUUGUCAUGGUCUAGAAAUUAUUUAUAGUUUUACAACUUUAUAAUCUGCAGUUAAUGUCGUCUCUGUAGUUUUUACACUUUAUGAAGAGGUCCUGUGGGCUGGAUUGGACCCUCUGAAGGGCCGGUUUUGGCCUGCGGGACGCAUGUUUGACACCCUUGUACAGGAUCAAAUCCCAUGUUUGCAUCUAUGAGCGUUAUUUAUUUCAACAACUCAUGGUAGAUGAUUGCACGGUUGGUCAUUUUAGUUCUGAUUAUGUUCAGUAAUUGGCUCCAGCUGACACUAGGAAUACACGUUUGUGUACUUUUUCCAGGCCGGUUUCAGUCUGAAAACUGGACCGUUCAUUGCGGCAUUUUAAUUUGCUAAUAUGUCGCUGUGGGUAAAAUCUAACCCAGACAUUCCCUGAACUCAAAAAUCCCUGCCCCCCCAACGUGGCUACAGAUAUACAACGCACACAUUAAAAACAUUAAGUUCAUGUACAACCAGAUUCUAGUGCAGGAAGAGGCAGCGGAGGCCUGACAGUAGGCAGCAGCAGCAGCCAGGACGUCUUUGCUGUAAUGCUAACUGAACGGGCGCCAGAUGUUUAUAUGGACCACCCAAUGUGAGAGAUAGAUUGUGUACAGACACGCCUGGAUGCUGUAUGAACCAUACGAUUAUAAAUCAUUGCCUGCCUCAUUUACUAAAAAGGGUCCAAUUUAAGUUAUCAGAGCUUUCACAAAAACAACUCAUUCGUACUUAUGACAUGUUGACACAAACCCCAGUUCUGAGUUCUUUACAAGUGACUCCAAUGUUUCAUGAGUACAGUUUUACGUAGCAUGCUAAUAGAACUGAAUGUGUGAAUGGUAGCGUUCAGAUCAAAGCACAGCUGAGUUUAGAAGAGCAUUCUGGUUUAUUUCACAUCAACAUUGUGACUCUACGGGUCAUGCUAACUGUAACAAAUGAAGAACUGGUAAACAUUGCCAUCCAUUUAGACCAGGGGUGUCAAACUCAGAAACUUAGUUCAGGGGCCACAUUAAGCCCAAUUUGAUCUCAAGUGACCAGUAAAAUCAGAGUAUAAUAACCUAUAAAUAACCACAACUCCAAUUUUUUCCUUGGUUUUAGUGCAAAAAUGUUCACAUUUAAGGAAAUAUGUUUUUACAAAACAUCAUGAACAACUGGAAAUUUGUUAAGAAAAAUAAGAAGUCAGCAGCGUUAUGCUUCAUUUCAUCAUUUACACAUUACAACUUCCAGAUUCCAGAGUGUCUACAAUGGAACAAAACAUUUAGUCACAGGUAUCUGGAACUGAAUGAUAGUGUUUUACUUUAUGAUCAAAACGACAUAAGUGAGACAAAAAUAGACAAAAAAAACAAGACAAAAUAUGACAAAAAUGAGACGCAAAAUGACAAAAAAAACAAUGAGCAAUAUAGCAUUUUACUUUAUGAUCAAAACAACUUGUCAUUGUCUCGAAAUUAUUUUAAAUUUAUGGUUUUACAAAUUUACCAUUUACAGUUCAUGUCUUCUCGGUCUCACAGAGUUACAGCAGCAGUCAUAAAAGUAGAUUUUACGUAACUUCCUCCUGAAUACAAGGGUUUUUGGCAUGCACCGACCGGCAGCGUCUGCUAGUCAUUCUCACUGCAGGAUCCAGCUCAUGUCAGUUUUUCGUGGAUUCACGUCCUGGGGUCUUUUAGCCCUCAGUGUCGCCUUACAAAGUGCUCUCCGGCUGGACGGCCUCCAACUGUCACCAUCUUGGCUAUUUUACUUUCCAAAAUUCUUUAUCCUGAGUAAAACUCACUGAACCCAACUUAAAGGGUCAAUUCACCCAAAUGUACACUACCAUUCAAAAGUUUGAGGUCACUUAGAAAUAUCCUUAUUUCUGAAAGAAAAGCAGAUUUUUCAGUGUAGAUAACAUUAAAUUAAUCAGAGAUCCAGUCUAGACAUUGUUAAUGUGAUAAAUGACUAUUCUAGCUGGAAACGGCUGAUUUUUAAUGGAAUAUCUCCAUAGGGGUACAGAGGAACAUUUCCAGCAACCAUCACUCCUGUGUUCUAAUGCUACAUUGUGUUAGCUAAUGGUGUUGAAAGGCUAAUUGAUGAUUAGAAAACCCUUGUGCAGUUAUGUUAGCACAUGAAUAAAAGUGUGAGUUUUCAUGGAAAACAUGAAAACAUCUGAACAACCCCAAACUUUUGAAUGGUAGUGUACGUGCAAAUUUCAACACAUCCAAUGAAAAAUAUCUCAAUUGCUAAAAAAGGUUUUUGUAAGGUUUCAUUAACAUCAUUGACUUUCUAUAAAAUACAAAAAUUAACAAACAAAAAUACAUGCUUUGGAUGCUGUCAAACCCUAACAAUAUACAACACAAACAUUUAAUAGUCGGUAUCUUGGUUUCUGAAACACUUCUGCUAGAGCCGUUAGUUUCACAAGCUAGUCAGCGCAAUCUGUGUUGCUGUUGGUUAGCACACAAGCUUAAAGAUUCAAUAGAAACGGAAUCAUGACUGAUAAACAUCGGCUUGUAUUUUCCACAUAAAAUGUCUUCUACACAAGUUAGCAGUGGGGCUACUUGUUCAUACUGUUGGCAUCUGUCCAUCAGCUUUACCCGUAUCCUGUAGAGGUUUAGAGGUUAGAGGAGUGUAGGGUGUACUUGACUGCAAAGCAAUGUCUUUAAAGUGGCUGCAAAUAACAAAACCAAAGAAGCUGUUGUUGUUUCACCCCAAGUCUUGGUGACCGUUACCACCAUCUAGCAGCUCAGUUGUGUGAGGUGAGAUCCUAGUGGGCUGCCUUCAAAGACUGUUUCAUACACCUCUGUCUGUCCCAAUGGGAAGAUUUCCUCGAAAGCAAUCCGACACGCCGAUGAUUUCAGCUGCAGAACUCUGGCCUCGUAUUGUGCUUUGAUGCUUGAACACCACUGUUGUCCUGCCAAGACCCCCGUCCAGCGCAGAUUUUUAUCAGAGCAGAGACGGAGCCAAGAAGGUUUUCAGCUGAGAGAUCUGCUCAGCGUCUGGAUGGAGGCGCUGAAAGCAGACGAAGACCCUGGAGGCCUGAUUUAAGCAGAUGCUGUCUGAUUUUUCAACACAAUAACUCAGAGAAAGGGAAGAAACUUGUCUUGCUGGGACACCGCAAAAAGUACCGGACACAUCUCAACAUGUGAGAUGAAUUACUUAAAAGCCAUUUUUUGAGGAAAAAAGCCUUACCCUAAAAACCAAUUGUGUUUUCUUCAGUUUCUGUGUCUACUGUAAUUCCUAGAUGUAAAAUGAAGCCAGUGCUUGUGUUUUUUAGUGUCAUGUUUUGUGCUGACAGGCUGGUCCAACAAACCACGAUGAUGCAAAUGUGUGUCUGAGCAGCACCUGGUGAAACUUCUUGAGAAGUUUCAUAAUCUUGAUCCCGCAGCGGGAGAUUGUUUUAAAAUGUUUGAAUUUAUGAUUUAAUCUUACUGGUUCUAUUCAGAGGCAUGAUUCAUCAAACUGGGUGAUGAUGACUUCAUCCUUUCAUAAGACAGGUCGUAAGCUGUACUGUGGUGCUACUAUGAACGCUGUGUUGUCAGAGGAGAAGGGAAAGUGUUGGAGAACUUCGUGAGAUUGAAGCUAAAGCCGUUCUAGACGCAGUUGUUCUCUUUUCUUCUUGUCUCAACACAGAUGAGUCCUGACAUGUCAUGUCAAACUGUCGGCGGGAGCGUGUAACCCUUCUGAAAUACUUUCCACCUGUGAAUCCUCAAUCAGUAGCAGCAUCCGAAAGUCUGAUAUUUUAUUAUCGAAAUGAAUCAAAAACUGCAAAUCUCUCUGUGAUCCAUCCUGAUAUGGAUUUUAGGAUUCCUGCUGCUUCUCUUGUGUUUCGACUCCUGACAAAGGACCAAUCGUUGACUGUGUUUUCCAGAGCUGGGCAUCGUGCAAUGUUGAAGAGUAAUCCACUGAAGGGGACACUUGAUUUUUUAAUGUUUAUAAUUGAGGUACCUGGAACAUAAAUGUGAACUGAAACUAUUUCAAUCCAAUAAAGGAAUCCUUUUGGAAUAAA